AUGUCAAACAUCCCACCGGAGCUAAUCUUUGACAUCCUCUUACAGCUCCAACUGAAGGAUUUGAUCCGAUACACAUGUGUUUCCAAAGCUUGGCAUGCUUUCAUCCACAACCAAGACUUCAUCAAAGCGCAUCUCAAACGCUCCAUCAAGACCAACUCUACUCGCACCAUUUUACUGGAGGCUCCUCCCUCAUAUUUAUUUUCGUUGCCUUUUGACAACGAUGAGACGCUUGGGACAGCCACGAUAAUCGGGUGUUUGAUUCAGUCAAAAGGCCCAGUAAAGUAUACUACCGGAAUAGUGGGCUACGCCAAUGGUCUGGUUUGCAUACAGAUACACAACUAUAUCGAUGGGGAUAUUGCUUUGUGGAACCCGUCAAUUCAAAAGCUGAAGAAGAUUCCCUUAAUAACCCAUGAACCGCAUGCACAGCCAUCACCAAAAUAUGGAUUCGGGUACGAUUCAACCAAUGACGACUAUAAAUUAGUGGGGAUUAUUAGGAAGCCUGCUAAUGAGUAUGGCUAUGUUACCAUCCUAACCCUUGAUCUUGCAAGUGAGAAAUAUCGGGAGUUUUCCAUCCCAGUGGAUAGGAUUGAUAACAUUGAACGUUCUGGGCCGGAUUUGGACGUCUUGGGAGACCAUAUGUGUAUUCGUGUUAAUCGUUUCAUGUGUAGAAGUGAGGCUUGGAUUAUGAAGGAAUAUGGAGGGACAGAAUCUUGGAGCCUGCUUUAUUCUAUUGACAUGGGACCGGUUUCUAAGCCUAGGAAGUAUCAGUCCUUCAAACCUUUGGUGUUUUCAAAGAAUGGCGAAGUGUUUCUUUUGAAGAAGGACUGCAAAGGCUGUAGUCUUGUUUGGAAGCUUGAUCAUGGCGGCGAAGAUGUUACUGUGAGCUAUGAAGUCAGUGUUCAUUGCCUAAAAGCCAACUCAUGGAAAAGGAUCCAGAACGUGCCUUACUGUGGUUCAUCAUUAUAUUUAAAUGACAACGUGGUUUUGAACGGUGCUCUAAGUUGGCUCAUGUCUAAACAGUUAGACAAUGAAUAUCAGAACAAGAUCCUAAUCAUUGAUCCUGCCAGUGAGAAAUAUCAUGAGUUUCCCAUUCCAGUCGAUUUGGAUUUCAUGGAAGGCCAUCUGUGUAUUUCUGUUUAUAAUUUUAUCAAGUCUCGACGUGAAGCUUGGGUCAUGAAGGAAUACGGAGUGACAGAGUUUUGGAGCCUGCUUUAUUCGAUUGACGAGCUGGGACUGGGCGCUUAUAGAAGCAAGCCUUGGGCGGGUUCUUUUGAAGGUGGACUGCGAAGAUUUUGA